AUGACUGUUUCGUCUCAAUCGUCGAGAGACGCCUCCGACUUUCCGUCAGAUCUUCCCGUUGCAAAGCUGCAAACAAUUGACCUUGGAAAAUUGCAAGCAGGAGACGAGAAGGAAGCUCUGCGUCUUCUCGAUGCCAGCAGAGAGGAUGGGGUCUUUUAUCUGAAUCUUGACUCGGCGCGUGCAGAGGUUCUUCCAGUCCUCGAGUCCAUCUACAAGCUAUCGGAGCAGUUAUUCGAUCUGCCACUCGAGGAGAAAUCCGUCUACGAUGUCGAUAAACUGGGAACUAUGAAAUGCAACGGGUACAAGCCAGUGGGUAGGAACUUUGGAGGAUUGGAAGGCCAGCGUGACGGGUUCGAGACUUACGUGAUUCCCAAAAACGGAGUGCUGGGCCUGGACAAUCAGCAGGACUUCCUUCGGCUCCCUCUAAUCGAUCAGUACAUGGGAACCUUACAGCAAUUCACCACCUUUGUCAAUAUAACAUCACAAACCAUCUUCAACCAACUCUCCCGUUCCCUGGAGCUUCCCGAAUCCGGAAACCUGAAACUCUUCCAUCGUCUCUCUGCCCCAUCGCCAGACAUCAUCCGUCUUCUGAAAUACCAGUCUCUACCCGCAGAGCAGCGCGGAGUUCCACACGCUGCACACACCGAUAUGGGCACACUGACUUUCCUUUUCACGCGUCAACCCGGACUGCAGAUCCAAGACCCCGGCGAUGAUGUGUGGAAGUGGGUAGUGCCGCGGGACGGACACGCCAUCGUGAACCUUGGUGACGGACUCUCUAUGCUCACCAAUGGCUACUUGCAAUCCUGCGUCCACCGCGUGGGACCCCUCCCCAAUCGCGCCAUGCCUACGCGCUAUUCCUUUGCUUACAUGGUCCGUCCGGAGAAUGCGACUGUCAUGGCCGCGCCGCAGACGGGGCUCAUUCCUGCUCGCGACCCCGACACAAGGGUGCUGACUAGUCAAGAGUGGCUCGAGAAGAAGUACUCUGUUUUGCGUUUGGAUGCACGGCCAGAUGAUCUAGUGUGGAUGAUGACUGGUCAGCAGAAGCGGUAG